GGAAACACCAGAAAAUGACUAUUUCAGGUGGUUGCCAAGGCCUGCUCCUGGCUCUCUGCCACAGGGUGCCGGGCGCCCAGACUCGCCUUCUCCUAGCGCUUCUCCCUGGCCCUGGCACUGCCUCUCAGCCCAAAGAACACUUCCCAACCUUUGAAGAGCAGGGGACUGAAGCUGAUGGCACAGAGCUUGGAGAGGCCUGAAGUCCCAGGUGCCGUUUUAUCUUGUCCCUGGGACUUGCUGGAGUCACAGACACAUGUGUCCCUUCUCACAGCAGUCAAUCUUACUUACAAGGUCACCCAAGGAAAUGCACACUUGCAAGAAGCAGUCAGGUGCCUCUGAUCCAGGCACAGAACGCUCUGCUACAGAGGGCCAUGCAGGUGCUGGCGGUUCUGCUGUGUCUCAGUUUCCCACCCUCGGCUGCUUUCUAUCUCCACGCAGGGGAACGAGAGCAGAAAUGCCUCAUAGAAGAUGUUCCAGGAGACACGUGGGUAUCAGGGACUUUCAAGAUCCAGCAGUGGGACACAGGCAAACUUGACUUCCGAGAACCAGGCCCUGGUCUGGGGAUGUUCGUGACUGUCACAACAUACAAUGAUGAGGUAUUACUAUCAAAAUUAUUUGGUCCAGAAGGAACAUUCUAUUUUACUUCAUAUUCACCUGGUGAACACAUCAUUUGCUUAGAAUCUAAUUCAACAAGGUUCGUGUCCGUUGGAGAGAGAAGGCUGCAGCGCAUCCACUUGGAUAUUCGAGUUGGAGAACAUGACCUUGAUGCUGCAAUUGCUCAGGCAAAGGACAAAGUUAAUGAAGUUACCUUCAAGCUUGAACAUCUAAUGGAACAAAUUGAGCAAAUACUCAAAGAACAGGACUAUCAAAGGGACCGUGAAGAAAUUUUUCGAAUAACCAGUGAAGAUACAAACAGCAAUGUUUUAUGGUGGGCUUUUGCACAAACGUUGAUCUUCAUCUCAGUUGGAGUUUUCCAAAUGAAGUAUCUUAAAGACUUUUUUAUAGCUAAGAAGCUUGUUUAAAACAUUACAGGUAAAGGCAGAUAAUCUGCACAAUGUUUGAAUGAAUAAACCAAAUACAUGCAUAAAUGUGUAUAACUUUUUUUUUUAUGGUGCUGGGGUUUGAAUGGGGAUUGGACCCAGGGCUUUGUGCAUGUGAGUCAAACACUCUACCCACUGAGACAAUGUGUAUUACUUAUGAUUUCAAAGAUACCAGUGGUUGAAAUUAAUGUUACAGAUUGCAACAUUGAUAAAAUAUUACCUUAACAAUGUAGCUUCUGAAUUUUAUAAAGUAAGCACAUUAUCUUAUUUUUUUAAACUUAGUUUAAAUCAGCACUGUCUAGUAGGAUUACAAUGUGAGCUACAUAUGUGACUUUAAGUUUUCUGGUCACCACAAUAAAAAGGGUGUUUAAGAAAAGUAA